AUGGCUGAUCCACUUGCAAUCGCAUCAGGGAUUGCAGGGCUGCUUUCGCUUGGUAUCCAAGUCACCCAGUCCUUGGUCAAUUUUUACGCUACAUACAAGGACCAAGACACCGAUCUGGCAAAGGUUGCGCAGAACCUCGAUAAUCUUCAGAGUAUCUUUCGAGCCCUUGAUGUUGCAGUAGAGGAACGGCGAUCGCAGGCGGACCCGCAACUUCUACUCAGAGAAGUCGAGAAGGCGGUGCAGAAAUGCGAGGAAAUCAUCACCGACCUGCAGAGCGAGUGUGACAAGUUCCAAAAAGACUCGGCCGUCGGUUUGAGGGAUCGCGUCAAGAUUGCUGGGCGUCGUGCGGCCUAUCCAUUUCGGAAAAGUACCAUACAGAAGCUCGAAGAAGACGCCAGCGACAUACGUGAAAACCUUUCGUUUGCACUCGAUGUCCUACAGCUUAAGAGCCAGAGCCAGAUCCAAGAUGGCAUAUCAGAAGUCAAAUCACUUGUCGAGCGAACAAAUGCUAGUCAAGUCUCUCUCAUGAUUCGUUCUUGGCUUAUGGCACCGGAUGCAUCUUCCGACCACAACGCUGCGUGUGCGAAACGUCACACAAGCACAGGUCUAUGGUUCGUCAAUAGCCGUCAAUUUCAGACUUGGAUAGAGGAACGGAAUUCCCUUCUAUGGCUGAAUGGUUUCGCAGGAUGUGGCAAGUCGGUCCUCUGCUCAACCGCGAUCCAGCAUACGUUUCGUGAGAUACGUCAUAAACAUGGAGUCGGAAUCGCGUGGUUCUACUUUUCCUUUCGUGACGAGACAAAGCAAGAUGCCAACGGCAUGUUACGGGCAUUGCUGUUGCAGCUAUCCGUCCAAGUACAAGACGGCGAGAGAGAUCUAGGACAACUGCAUGCAUUGUAUAGAUACGGGUCUCCUUCAGUGGAUGUGCUGCUGGACUCACUACGAUGCUUCCUUAAUCGAUUCCGCGAUACUUAUAUUCUACUCGACGCGCUAGAUGAGAGCCCUCGAGACUGCAAAAGGGAAGGCGUCUUAAGGGCGAUACAAGUGAUACGCAGUUAG